UUUCAUUAAAAAAUAUUAAACAACAAAAAUGGGUAAUAACCAUGCCAAUGCAGCAGUUAUUGCGAUGGAACGAGGUGGAAGUGGACAUGCUAGUAGUGGAAACCGGAGAGCUCAUCAAAACGACCAAGCCUAUCAUCUUUAUCAUCCUUCCAGUCAUCAUGUAGUUGUACAUACAAAUGUUAAAGAAUUCCUGGACAAAGCCAAAGACGAUUUUAAACAGAAAUGGGACAAUCCAGCAUCGAAUACAGCCUGUUUGGAUGACUUUGAUAGAAUCAAAACAUUAGGAACAGGGUCAUUUGGUCGAGUAAUGUUGGUAAAACAUAAACAAAGUGGAACAUAUUUUGCUAUGAAAAUACUUGAUAAACAAAAAGUUGUUAAACUAAAACAAGUAGAACAUACAUUAAAUGAAAAACGAAUACUUCAAGCAAUUGAUUUCCCUUUUCUCGUCAAUAUGCAAUAUUCUUUUAAAGAUAAUUCAAAUUUAUAUAUGGUGCUUGAAUUUGUAAGUGGUGGAGAAAUGUUUUCACAUUUACGUAGAAUUGGACGUUUCUCGGAGCCUCAUUCACGUUUUUAUGCAGCCCAAAUUGUUUUAGCUUUUGAAUAUUUACAUUCUUUGGAUUUGAUAUAUAGAGAUUUAAAACCAGAAAAUUUGUUAAUAGACAAUAAUGGAUAUUUGAAGAUUACAGACUUUGGUUUUGCUAAACGGGUUAAAGGAAGAACUUGGACAUUAUGUGGUACUCCAGAAUAUUUAGCACCAGAAAUUAUUCUUUCGAAAGGUUAUAAUAAAGCUGUUGAUUGGUGGGCAUUAGGUGUUUUAAUUUAUGAAAUGGCUGCUGGUUAUCCACCAUUUUUUGCUGAUCAACCAAUUCAAAUUUAUGAAAAAAUUGUUUCUGGAAAAGUUAAAUUUCCCUCACAUUUCUCAAAUGAAUUAAAAGAUUUAUUAAAAAAUUUACUUCAAGUAGACCUUAUAAAACGUUUUGGAAAUUUAAAAAAUGGUGUUGCUGAUAUUAAAAAUCAUAAAUGGUUUGGAUCUGUUGAUUGGAUUUCUAUAUACCAAAGAAAAAUUGAAGCUCCCUUCCUGCCUAAGUGUCGUGGCCCAGGCGAUUCGAGCAAUUUUGAUGAUUAUGAAGAAGAGCCAUUACGCAUCUCUGGUACUGAAAAAUGUGCAAAAGAGUUCGCCGAAUUCUAG